AUGGCCAGUGAAACUCCUCGUAUUGAUCCCAGUGAAAUCACAAGCAACACAUCCCCAGUGUUUAGGAUAAUAGCACAGGUUAAAUCGCAACCGAGUGAGAACACGCUGAUACUAGCAUCUCCUACCACUGGGGGCGAGAUGAUCACGCUCGAUAGCGUGCGGGUGUCUAUGAACAAGACCUUUGACGUGGACUCUUGGUAUGAGUUUGUAUGCAGGUCAAGCGACAACGGUGAUGUCGGUUUCCUAGUGUUGGAUGCUGUCAAGUGCGUGCUUAAUGAAAACGAAGAGAUCAGUGUCAAUGGUAUAAUAGCCCUGCAACAGCUGACCAAAAAAUUUCCGGAAAUAUACUAA